UCCUUCCUCUAUCUAAAAAUUAAAUAUACCAACAAACCAAAACGAAAAGCAAAAUUACAUAAAUCCCAAAAACUCACAUUCCAAGUGCCUCUCUAACCUUUUCCUUUUAUCGUCUCCCCUUUCAACUCCAACUUCAUCUUCUCCGCAUUUCUCUAGAUCCGCUGCUUCGCUCCUCUCCCUACCUUUUUACUCCACCUACGUGUCCAGAUCCCACUCCACCGCCUCCCUUCUCCGUCAAUCUCGCCCGUCCACUUUUUCUCUUCUCUCGAGGUCUCCUCGUUUCAAAUUCAGAUCUCUUCCACUUCCUUUCAAAACUGCUUCUCAAAAAUCUCAACUUCCUCUUCCACUCACUGUCUCCCUCAGAUCCACAUUUUCUCGGGAACAAGCAUCUCGAACUUUCUUCUUCUUCUUCAACAAUGGCGAGGUUCAUCGAGCUCUGCUCGCCUCUGCUUCUUGCCUUUCUCCUAGUCCAAUUCUCCAUUGUAUCUUCUUCGUCUCCACCACAGCCCUCGCCGACUCCAUCGCCUCAACCCGCUGCCGAUUCACCUUCGCCGAAAUCUCCAUCGCCGAUUUCCCUUCCUCCAUCUCCGUCGAACGCUCCAGUGAACUCACCACAUCCUUCUUCACCUCCGGCGCCACCGCAAUCAUCUCCGUCUCAAUCUCCGUCGGCCGAUGACACGCCUCCAGUUCCUUCUCCAGCGCCGUCGAAUCCGAGCGACAUCAACCACAGCGACGUCAACGCGGACGGAGACGGAGCUGAGAACUCCUCUGGAGGAAUGAGCCCGGGAAAGAAGGCAGGGGUCGUACUUGGAGUGAUCGUUGGGGUUGGCGUGGUAGGGCUUGCAGGCUUUGUCUACAAGAAACGUCAGGAUAACGUUCGUCGAUCUCAGUACGGAUACGCCGCCAGGAGAGAGAUUCUCUGAAGAACUACUCAUAGUCUCUCAUACGCUAAAGCUCUUAGAGGUUUUGGCGAUGGUGAUUCAAUUUGAUUCUUCAUUCUUUGGCGCGCCGGCGGUGCUAGAGUUGGUGGUAGUUAGAAUUUUGGGAUGAGUUAUUGGCGUAAAAUACUAAAUUAGUCAAUAUGAUCAUUGAUGUAUUGCUUUUCUAUUUUAGAAUGAUAUAAUAAUUGGAUUUACUGAUUUAGCAUUCA